AUGAAGUUCACCAUCGUCGCCUCUGCCCUCGCCAUGGCUGUUUCUGCUUGUGCCACUGGCACCGGCGGCGGCAGCACCGGCGGUUCUUGCAACGCCAACACCAAGCAGGUCUGCUGCAACGGCCUCCUCAACUGUGCCGUUCAGGUCCUCGGCAAGAACUGCGAUGGCAGUGCCUACUGCUGCAAGACUGACGCCCCUGCCACCUUGCACAUUUGUACUGUCUCCCGCGACUCCAAUGAAGCUUCCAGAAUUGGGUUGCCGGAGGGAUUUGUGAGGCUUUGCAUAGUAGCAGUCAUGGAUUUGGCUGGUUCGACUUGA